UCAUGGGGCCCCCAGGCAAUAGGGGAUCAUGGGGCCCCUGUGUCCUUGCCCAAACUCCAAAAAGCCUAUGAAAAAGGUACCAGGAGCAUCUCAUGGGGCCCCCUACUGUCCCCGGGCCCUCGGGCAGUGCCCGAGUUUCCAAAUGGUCAGUCCGCCCCUGGAUCACAAUAUAAACAUCUUUGAAUGGUGACUCUAGCAUUUCGAGGAAACUAUUUAAUCUUAGGUAUUUAAAGAAGACGUGGUAACACAAUUAGUUGACAUCCUCACUAACUAAACAGAAGAG